UAAAUGGAGAAGUUUGACAUUUUACCCUUGUGCGUGUCUCGUCCAAAACGAGGCUUUACGAGAUUUCGAGGAAUUUAAAUUGUUGCGUUUGUUCAAAUGAUCGGAUACUUUUCGAAUUGAUCUUGAAUAAAAAAGAUCUAUAUAUUUCGACAUUUCGAAAAUAAAAUGUAGACAUUGAUUUGAAUAAUAAAAGUUAAGGACUGAGCUCACAGGAAAUAUUUCGAUUUCGAAAAUAAAUAAAAACAAAUUGUUACACAGUUUAAAAAAAAGGAGAUAAGAAUGGAGUAUUCUAUGUUUAGAGCAAUUUUAUGCUGCUCUUUCCUUCUGAUUUUUAUUUCGUCUUCCAGAGCAGAACUGAACCCGGGCUAUGACCUACAACAAGGUUUGGGUCAAAUGCUCAACAGUCGUUUGUCACAGCACACCAUUUCCAAGAGAAGCACGUCAAACCUUGUAGAUAUCAGCAUGUUCACAGACAGCUCAGCUCCUGGAAAAGCAUAUUCUGUGUAUGUUGACAGCACAAUGACAAAACUUACUAUAGAAGUUAAAGUUGAAAGAUCAAGCCCUGUAAUAAUGCUAGCAAAACCCUCAGGUUUACCAGGACCUCAUCCAAAACUAAAUGGAACAGCCAGUGCUGGAACAGUAACCGCGACAAUUGACGUUGCUAUAACAUCGGCAGAUUAUGGAAUAUGGAAGCUAAACAAAUUUGAUGCAAACACUUGGAAUGUAAAAAUUCAAGGAGAAAGUUCACUGGAUUUUACAUAUCAGUUUUUAUCAGGGAGUUUUAUACAAGUCCCACUUACAGGAGAUCCAAUACAAGGCGAGACCUACAAGACAGUGUUAACUGUUGCGGACUUCACAAAAGCUGCUUCAGUUGAUAUUGUACAGUUGUUUAUAAUGGAGAGAUUAACACCGGCAAAUAUGAUGUUUCCGAUAGACAAAGGAAUUGGGAAAUACGAAGUUGCUAAGCUGCAAAUGCUUGACAAGGACUUUAUGAUAGGAAUAAAUGGGAAGGAUAACUCUGGGCAUUUUUUCCGUCGGAUCAAAACAAUAAAACCGAAAGCUCUAUCGCUUUCAGUGCCUGCGUUUAAUGAUGCAAGUGUUAAACUGUACGAGAACACUCAACUGGAGUUGAUCUUUUAUGUAAAAAACGAACUUUCAAAAGACCAAGAAAUAGAUGUAAAAAUUCAGGAUACCCAGGGCUUUGCUCAAUCACCAACAAUAAUUUCUGCAGCAUUAACACCUGGUCAAAACUACACCGGGAAGUUUGUUAUCACUGGCGGUUUAUUUGGAGUUUCAACGGACGUGACGAUAACGGCCAAACCUUAUAUUCCUGGUAAAAAAACUGAUGGACCGUCAGUUAUGAAAACUUUCAUCGUCGAUCGAAAUCAGACUACGACAACGUCAACAAGUACAACUACUUCUACAACAACAACAACAUCGACCACUCCAAGUACAUCUUCUCCAACAGUAACAUCAACGCCUUCCUCAUCACAGUCCACAAAAGCAACACAAACAACAGGAUCACCAGCUGGUACAUCUAAGACAAAUGCUUUAACAGCAUCACCUUCAUCAUCGGCUUCUUCUGCCAGCGUAUCUGCAUCAACAAAUAAACCUGGAGCAACCGUUGCAGCGACAAGUAUGAAGAAUACUGUAUCUUCACCAGUUGGAGUAUCUGCUGCAAGCGCAACCAAUGCAGCCCCAGCAGCAGGUACAAAAUCACCAUCUGGAUCAUCUACAACAACAGUAUCAGCAGCAACAAAUGCGAAAGCUUCGGCAUUAUCCGCGAGUUCAAAAGGCGCUGGACAAGCAUCAACCGCAGCUCCAUCUGGUGAAAACAAAGACGAAUCAUUCAGCAAAGGGGAAGUAUUUGGCGCAGCAAUAGCUUCUGGUGUGUCUGCUGGAGUACUCAUAGGAGUGGCAGCGCUGGUGACGAUGGGGUUGGUUUUCAAACAUUCCAUCAACAAAAGCAAGAGGAAAGUUACACCCGAGGAGAAGAAGAAAAAGAAGAACAAUACAUUGUCGGAGCAUAACGACUUGACAAAAUCUUCAUCAAGACCAACUACUCCAUCAACGACUUCUUCAAUAAGUGCUACACAUCCAAUGCCACCAAUUAUAAGUACAGCCCCUGCUUCAACAAAGCCCGUUCCUGUUUCUACUGCGACAACAUUUGUGAAGAAUCCAGUAUCUACAACGACUGCGCCGUCCCCUCCAAAGCCGGUUUCAGUUGGUACAACAACAUCAACUACUCAACCAAGUGAAACGCUCGAUACAACAAACAGCAAAAAUGGAAGCAAAACCCACGUUGGUAUUACCAAAGAAGCUCCCAUUUCUUCAAGUAAGAUUUCUACAGACAAGCCUGAAAAUGGUGACAGAAAUGAGAACGCAAAAUCUCCAGAUGGUUCAGAUUCAAAGAUUCAAACAUAUCUUCGUCACAUAAAGGAUCUGGCAAAGAAUAAACCACAAAACCGAAAGCAUCAUUUAGAAUAGAGACAUUUUACAACACUUUCGUGAAUAUAAAUGUUGAAAAAUAAGAAUGCACUCUUAUGACAAUACAAAUUAUCAUUAACGUGGAUUUAACUAAUGAGUAGUAUUUAUUAAAUUUUGUUUCGGUGACCUCCGUAAAUGAUAUAUGACAGACUGAUGUAUUCCAUCACAAAUAAUUGAUAAAUUCAACAUGUUGCUUAAAAAAAUGUGAUAAACUGAAACGGCACACGUAAAUAGAAAGAUAACUUAAAUCACACAAAGAAUUUAAAAAUAAAAUACUUUUUUUUCUAAUUUGUUUCCAUUUUUAU